UUUUCCUCCUGUCGUGUCUACAAUCUCUGGGAUGAGUGCCUACUCCUGAACAGCUAAGACCUGUGUUUGAGCUGCAGGAUGUUUAGUUGGGUGGUAAAAGUUGUUCCUCAACCUCCAGAGAAGCCUACAAAGCUAGAAGGGGAAGGCAAAGGCAAUACACCCCAGACAUCAGAACAAAAAGCAUCAGUUAAAGAUCAAGAGGUGAAAAAAGCAGCCAAUCCUGAGAAGCCAAAUGAGGAUGGAGUCUCGGAAGAAAAAAGUACUCAGGGCAGUGUAUUGAACUGGAUCUCUCAGGGUUUGACCAGCGCCCUCCCCCAACCUGCAGCUACACCUAACAAGGACAAAACAGACAGUGAUACCAAGCACCAGGAGGAAAACAUCAACAGUAAAGCAAAUGAAGAGACAGGGGUGAUAAACUGGAUUGUGCAAGGAUUAGGCAAAGUGGUUCCACAACCUGAUGACAAGCACAAACAGCAGACAGAAUGCCAGGAGGUCACUGAGGUUCCAAAAGUGGUGGCAGAGGUAAAGGUGGAGCAAACUGUGGUUAAGGAGAUUAAAAUGGAGCCUGAACCACCUCCUCCUCCUCCUCCUCCAGUCCCUGUGGUGGAGGUGGUUCCUGAUGAAGAAGCUGAAGGAGACAAUUCCAUAACCCCAAGGGUGAUGGAGUGGAUAAAGCAAGGUCUUGAGAAGGUGGUUCCACAGCCAGGACACGCCACACCAUCUACUACAGACACUUCAGAUAAAAAGGAACCUGCUACAGAUACCGCACCUCCGCCUCCAAAGGCACCUGAAGUCUCAGUAGCUGAGGAAACCACCAGUGGAACAACCAUGGAGGAGGAAUCCAAUGUGGUUGGCUGGAUUGUGCAGGGACUCGGUCGCAUUAUGCCACAGCCUGUUCUGAAACCAAAAGAGGACACGUCGGAUUCCGUUCAGAGCAUCUUCAUCCUGCAGGAGGAGUUUGUGCAGGAGGAGAACCUGGUUCUGGAGAGGGACAUGGUGCUGGAGGAAGUGGUCUCAGACUGGGAGCAGCAGCAGAUGGAGCAGAGCUGUUUGAAGAAACAGGCUGAAGUUCAGGUUGAGGAUCAGACUCAACCUCUGCUGGACAACCUACACUACACCACACCUAAUAUGCUGUUCAUGCAGCAGGAGGAUGCUGAGACACAAACAGAGCGCUGGACUCCUCUGAUAGAGAACAUUAGACGGGAGGCUGAGGAAGCCGCUUUGGUCUCUUUGCAAGAGAGGCUGGAGCGUGAGCAUCUGGAGGCGGCGAGGAUGGCAGAGGUGUUGGCACGUCAGGCUGCUGAACUGGCAGUGAGACAGCUGGAGGAGGAACACAAUGUAAUCAGAGUCACAGAGCCAGAACCCCUCUCUGAACCAGACAGUGGAGAGCUACUUUCCAACAUCCAGGAGGAAGAGAACGAAGAUGACCCAGAGUUACAGCCACUGCGUGAGGAGAGUGAGGAAGACAGCGGAGAAAGUAAAAAUGCAGAAGCAGACAUUAAGAGGUGUCUGGUGGACGUGUGCCCUGUUGAGGAGCUUAAAACACAAAAGGAGGAGUCACCAGAGCAACCUCCUCCGAAGGAAUCCACACCUGAACGUCAAGUUGAGAUAGUACACACUCCACCAUUAGAGCCAGCUGUUCAAGCAGAACCUGAGGGAGAAGAUCCUGCAAAAGCAAAGAGCCCUUCACCUGUAAUGAGUCCAGUUGUACCCUCAGCUGUUUCAUGUCCCUCUCCUCCAGCUGUUAUACAGGAAAAUGAGGCACUUAAAGAGGAAUGUGGAGAAUGUCCUCAUCUGAAUGUAGAGGAAGUUGAUGACGGAUCCAUUCCUACUGUGCCUCAAAUUGUUGAACCCCAGGAGUCGAACGGUGGCACCCUCACUAUUCCCAUUCCUGUGAUGGCCAACCAGAGCAAAGCAGUGCUUGUUGAGAGGGUUACCCAGCCAGAUGAACAAGUUGAAGAGGAAGAAACGGAGAAAGAGGAAGAUCUGAAAAGCCAGCGUGGCCUCCUCACUGUGGAGGAAGCAGAGCGUCCUCUUUCUUCGGCCAGUCAGACAAGUGUUGUGGUUAACGAGCGUCUGCAGGAGCUGAUCAAGCUGUUUAAAGAACGAACAGAGCGGACUAAAGAGAGGCUGAUUGACCCAGAUGAGUCUGAGGAAGAGAGUCCCACAGCAACACCUUCCAAAAAGGCCGUUGCUGCUCCUCCUCCUCCACCUCCUCCGCCUCCUCCGCCCGAGGAGAAGAAAGAUGUUCCUGCUGUUGUUGAGAGUGAAGAGGAGCAGUUCCUGGAGUUCAUGGGCUACCAAGUCAAAGUGCCCAAGAUACCACCGAUACCAGACUGGAUGAGAGCCAUCAUAGAGUAUCGUUUCCCUUCCAGCAUCGAUCCUUACACUGAUAUAAUCUAUGUGGUGUGGCUGUUUUUCGUGAUGUGUGCGUGGAAUUAUAACGUGUGGCUGAUCCCGGUGCGUUGGGCGUUCCCAUAUCAGACUCCAGAAAACAUCCACCUGUGGCUGCUUGCUGACUAUUUCUGUGACACCAUCUACAUCCUGGACAUUGUGGUCUUUCAGCCCAGACUACAGUUUGUCCGUGGGGGAGAUAUAGUGUGUGAUAAAAAGGAUAUGAGGGAACAAUACAUGAAAACAGAACGAUUUAAGAUGGACAUGAUCAGUUUGUUUCCCCUGGAGGUUUUGUACUAUUUCACAGGAGUUAAAUCCAUUUUGCGCUUCCCACGUCUUUUAAAGUACAUGGCAUUCUUUGAAUUUAACGAUCGUCUGGAGGCGGUGAUGAAAAAAGCAUACAUUUACAGAGUGAUCCGGACCAGUGCGUACUUGCUGUACUCACUACACUGCAAUGCCUGUCUGUUCUACUGGGGCUCUGAUUAUGAAGGCCUUGGCUCCACUAAAUGGGUCUACGAUGGCAGAGGCAACAGUUACAUCCGCUGCUACUACUUUGCUGUAAAAACCCUGAUCACAAUCGGAGGCCUCCCAGAUCCCACCACAGUCUUCGAAAUCGUCUUUCAGCUGGUCAAUUACUUUGUCGGUGUGUUCGCUUUCUCGAUUAUGAUUGGUCAGAUGAGAGAUGUUGUAGGAGCAGCUACUGCAGGACCGGCGUACUAUAGGUCGUGUGUGGACAGCACAGUAAAGUACAUGACUGCUUAUCGCAUCCCAAGAGAGGUUCAGAACAGAGUCAAGACCUGGUAUGACUAUACGUGGCAAUCGCAAGGCAUGCUGGAUGAACAGGAAUUGCUCAUCCAGCUUCCUGAUAAGAUGCGUCUGGACAUCGCCGUGGAUGUAAACUACACCAUUGUCAGCAGAGUGGCCCUCUUCCAAGGCUGUGAUAGACAGAUGAUUUUUGACAUGUUGAAGAGACUGAAGUCUGUGGUCUACCUCCCUGGGGAUUAUGUGUGUAAGAAGGGUGAGAUCGGCAGGGAGAUGUACAUCAUCAAGGCCGGUGAGGUGCAGGUGGUUGGAGGCCCCGAUGGUAAAACUGUGUUUGUGACUUUGAGGGCUGGAUCUGUGUUUGGGGAAAUCAGCUUGCUUGCUGUAGGGGGAGGGAACCGGCGCACAGCUAAUGUGGUGGCACAUGGCUUUGCUAACCUCUUCAUUCUGGAUAAGAAAGACCUCUCUGAGAUCAUGGUGCAUUACCCUGAGUCCCAGAAAAUACUGCGCAAGAAGGCUAAGAAGAUGCUAACGAAGGAUAAGAAACCUCCAGAAGAAAAGGGUCCGGAUAAGGAGACUGGUCAGGUGAUUCCAACACGGCCUGAGACUCCCAAACUCUUUAAGGCCGCCCUGCUGAUGGGCAAAGGAGAAACGUUCGCCAAACUGAAAGAGACAUACAAAGACAGUGAAGCCACACUAAAGACCUCCGACAGCAUGACCACCACAGCAGCGCCCGUUCCCCCUCCCUCACCCAUUCAUCGUCGCUCUCCCGUCCAGCGCACAGUCACGCAGGAUGACGAAGACAUGGUGGCAGAGACCACAGACAGCACGAUGAUCAUCCGCAUAACCCCACACCAACAUGGAGAGGAGAUCCUCAGCAUUGAAAUGGCAGAGGAGGAAGAUGGGAAGGUGAAGGAGACCGAGCAGGAGGAGAAGAAAGAAGAAUAGAAGUUGAAAGAAAGGAUGAGAAAUUAGAACGCAAGGCUGGGAAAUGGCCUGUUAUUAUAAUGCUUUUUACUAUUAUAGGGAAAUAUUUGCAAAAUGAAUCUAAAUCUAAACCAAAGGGGGAUUUGUUAUUUAAGUACAAUUUGUAAUGCUUUUGGUUUUAAAGUCAUAACUGGUUUUAAAUUUGACAUGAGCUUUACAGGAAGGAGAUGCCAUUGUGAAAGCGAGUGAGCGUCUUAUGGAACCUGAUUUCUUUUAAACUGCUACACUGUCUUCCAUUAUAGCUCAAGCUGGAUUUAAGCACUGAAAUACAGCAAAGUGACAUACAGUAUAUGUCAUAGUUUUGCUAAGAGCAAGCUUCCAUACUUAGUGUAGAGUGCUACAUGUGCACAGAUGCGCAGGUUUCAGUAUUUCAGCAUGUAAGGAAAAAAUCCUGUAAGAAAAAUACUUUUUGGGAUUUAUUUUUUUUAAUUACAUGGCACAAUUCAGUUCUUCGUUUUCAUAUGAGAUCUUUUUAGAUUGUACUGUAAAUAUCAUGAACAUUAGGUACAAAGUAAUAAGUAACCUGCUAUAAAUAACAUGAGUAUAUGAUUGGUUUUUAUGAAAGAUGUUAUAAUGAAAUUGAAUGGUGUAUGCACAAUAUUAAUAUUCUAAAGCUCUGGGAUAAAUGCGAUAUAUUUCAGUAUUUGUUUUUGUUAUCAUAUUGGGUAAUUUGUCAGUGUAAAUGAUCUUUGUGGU